GGGACCUGCUCGUGUCGUGAGCAAGCUACGUGCUGCAGAAUUCACAUCUACCACCAAAAAUCUCCCUCGACUAUCUCAUGAAGACGUAUAUCAAGAGCACGCACAGCUCACUACAGUCUCAAGCGAUCUGGGGCGCGAAUUUAAUUUCUGUUUUACGAGCAUCCGUGAAUUUACAGCCUGCGAUGCUUGUGCUUACACGAUUAUUGAUUUGUUAAUAAUGCGCACGGAUUUAUGCACAUUUAAAGACGUGAUUGAUUUAUUUAUGGUCGGUUGUUAGAAGAAGGUAGAAGGUGCAUUAUAUCGCGGAGGCGCUGAAAUUGAGCUCUUUUCAUCUGUUUGCGUUUGUGAUCGAGCAGGAGGGAGGAGUGGCGGAGAAACGUCUGGUUAUCCAUGACCUCAGAUUUACAGCAUUACAGUUUCAGGAUGCCGAAUAUAGGGUUCCAGAACCUUCCCCUCAAUAUCUACAUUGUGGUCUUUGGGACGGCCAUUUUCGUCUUCAUCCUCAGCCUACUCUUCUGCUGCUACCUGAUUCGGUUACGGCACCAGGCUCACAAAGAGCUCUAUGCAUACAAGCAGGUUAUUCAAAAGGAAAAGGUCAAAGAAUUAAACUUGCAUGAGAUUUGUGCGGUGUGUUUGGAGGAAUUCAAGCAGAAAGAUGAGUUGGGAAUCUGCCCUUGUAAACAUGCCUUUCACAGAAAGUGCCUUAUUAAAUGGCUGGAGGUGAGGAAGGUUUGCCCGCUGUGCAACAUGCCCGUUUUGCAGCUGGCGCAGCAGCAGAGCAUGUCCGAAUCUGUGCCCCCAUCGCAGCAGCCUCUGCCCGGAGUGGAGAACCUGGUGUAGCCCCUCCUGUUUCUCCUAAAUAUCUGACCACCACUACCUUUACACUCACUCCUGUACAGGUACACACUCAUGUCCAAGGACAGAGCACAGGAUUUGUGCCUGGAGCCACGGUGACCUGCAUAUGUUCAUGUCCUACCUUGGUGGCUUUAAAAAGGAUUUUUUUCCCCAAAUUACUGUAAUAGAUGAUUUACUCAAUCUAUUUUAUUUGGGUUUAGCUUUUUUUCCUGUGGGAUAAUGAAGAAGAAUUAAGUGUACAUGGCCAAGCCAUGUUUAAAGUAACCGUUCCACACCAAAGCACUUUUUUGAGGACACCAGUGAGAGGCAAAUAAAAGACAAGGACUAAAAAAAAACAUAACAUUAAGAAAAACAAAAACUACUUUUUUAACAAAAGGUUUUUUAAACAAGCGCUUUACACAAAAGUCAAACCUAGUUGCUUGUGAUAGUAGCAAGAUCUUGUUUUAUAUUUUAUGAUUUCAAACUUUUUUAGAGCCACAGAGCAAACCAUUGUUUU